AAACAAUAAUCGAGAAUUUAAAAUAAAACUAAAAAAAAUGUCCAAAAUAAAAAAACUAAAGUGAGUAUAAACUCACUGACCCGAUAGAUUAAUUCAAGCGGCGGUGAUUACCUUCGACAUUAAAUUGCCAAGAAACGAACACAUUGAAUAAAUAUUAUUUUAAAUUGAAUAAUCGUGUGUUAAUAACUAAAUUGGUUCAAUUAGGCGGUUAAAAAUGGCACUGUCACCUGUCUAUUUAAGCCGCUUUGGGCUAACAAAAUUAUGUCAGACAGAAGAGAAAAUUCCAUCGAGAUGAACGUGAAUAUGUUGGUGAUGAUACUGUUCCUGGGACUUGCUCUUUACGAGCCUGUGGCGGGCCAGAGCGCUGCAGAUAUGGCUGCCUAUAAGCAGAAUCAGGAGGCAUGCAUCAAGGAGCUGAACAUAGCGGCUGCCGAUGCUGCACAGCUGACGGCGGACAAAGAGGUGGCCAAUCCCUCGGAGGCCGUCAAGUGCUACCACAGCUGCCUGUACAAAAAGAUGGGCCUGCUCAGCGCCGACUCGAAGCCCAACAACGACAUGAUCCUCAAGUUCGCACAGCUCCGCUUCAGCAGCCUCUCCGCCGACAAGUUUAGGGCACUGCUGGCCAGCUGUGGGGGCACCAAGGCGGCCACCACCUGCGAUUUCGUAUACAACUUUGAGAAGUGCGUGGUGAAGGGAGCCAAGGCCUAAAGCCAGUGCGAUCCCAUCACAUAAUAGAAUUAUUAAUGCAUUUCAUGCCCGCAUCGUGUGUGGGGGGUGGGACGCUGUAAAUCUAUGUAUAUAAAAUGAUGCAAACUGAAA